UUGGUAUUUCUUAGUUUUUUUCUUCAACCCUGGUUUUGGAGUACUCCUGUCCUGCACAUUUUAGUGUUUUCCCUGCUCCUGACAGACCUCAUUCAACUAAUCAGAUAAUUACCAGGUGAAACGGGUGUCUCAGAGCAGGAAAAACACUGAAAUGUGCUGAAAAAGGGAUGGGAACCUGUGCUGUAGAUGAAGGCUGCACUCUGUAUGUGACUGACUUUAACCUAGGAAUAGGGGACAAAUCACGUGAUCCCCCAGUACAGUCUAAUAGACAUGACAGUGUUAGAGGCCAUGGGGUUUUAAUGGACUCAACACACCACCAUUAUUUAUUCCUUUAACUCCACACUUCUCACACUGGGGUCUGGAGGAGCACAGUCAGUGUGUGUGAUUUUCUAAUGCUGCUUACACGGGUGGAAAUCAAUCCCUGCCAUUAGCAACGUGUUAAUGUUUAAUAAAUAAUGUCAGUUUUAAUAAAAAUUAAUUCUAUGGGUAGAAAGUUCAGAAAUGACUGAAAACCUAUGAGUCCAAUAACUAGCCAAAAUAUUACUGCAUACAUUUAAAUAAUUUUAUUGUAAUUAUUUAUUAGUCUGUUUGUAAAAUAUACUACUAUCUGUGCUAAAAGGGUUCGUGGAUAUUUUUUAAAAAACAGUUAAAGGCGUCCCUGACUACAAACUGUUUGCUCUCCUCUACUGUACAAAGCCCAAACAUCAUCAUUCCUUUUCUGGGUUUGAAACAGCUUUAAUAAUCUCCAGCGGCUUCAUUCAGUCACUGUGAAUGUUAACAGUAGCUAUGAGACUCCUGAGUGGGACAGCGCGGUGUGUUUUAUACACACACUCCCGGUGUGCACCGCCAGGGGGCAGCAGAGGGUUCUGGGGCUGGCUCAACGCCGUCUUCAACAAGGUUGAUUAUGAGCGGAUUAAGGCAGUUGGUCCAGACCGUGCGGCUGCUGAAUGGCUCCUAAGGUGUGGGGCUAAAGUUCGUUUCCGUGGUUUCGACCGCUGGCAACAUGAUUAUAACGGGCUCCCGACCGGGCCACUGGGUCGAUAUCAAAUCCAGGCCAUCGAUGCCACAGAAUCCUGCAUCAUGUACCGGGGAUUUGAUUACCUGGAUGGUCUGGAGCAUGUAGAGGAGAUAAAGCUGCGAAAGUGUAUAUAUAUAGAGGAUACGUGUCUGGAGCGCUUGAGUAAGACAGAGAAGCUGCAGAACAGCAUGAGGACGAUGGAGAUUGUCUCCUGUGGCAACGUGACAGACAGAGGCAUCAUCGCUCUUCAUCACCUGAGGAACUUGGAGUCCUUGUUCCUCAGUGACCUACCAGGCGUGAGAGAGAAACAGAAAACAACAAACACACUGCAAACCGCACUACCCAAACUCACCAUAGAACUUGACCUGGCUUAGCCAAUCAUAGCUUUCUUUGCAGCCUAGAUUGACAAAUCGGAGACCUGAGAAGCGAUGCGAUGUUAUUUAUAGAAACAGUGUGUUUAAACUUUCUCUGAGUUCUUGAGAAACUGAUGUGUGUAGUAUUAAAGAAGCAAAGUUUAUAUUAAAUAUGUACUGCUGUUUAUGUCUGUCUGAAAA